AUGUUCGCCCUUGUGACAGUCUUGGCGCUCCUGUUCCUGGGUGCCGCGAAAGCAGACUACCGUCUCAAGUGGCGACACGCGCCCGCCGGAGACUCCAAGAGGUUCAUCGCCGGGUGCGAUGCGCAGGGGCAGAGCGGGGUUGGCGCUCCGUACUCGCUUGUAACGAACUACCACGGCUGUUACAAAGAUUUCCGCGGUGGGCAAACCGUGACCGACAAGCUCGGGCCGAUCUACUGGGGAGGCUUCUACCACUAUCUUGCGAGGUGCAUGGACGCAGGUGAAGAAGCUGCGCUUGGCGCCCGCCCCACAGUGCAGGAUUGCGUCGACAAGAAACAGUCCCAGCAGUGGGUCAUCCACUCUAACGGUCAGGUCGAGCUCGGCUGCUCCGGCUUCUGUCUCGAUAUCAUGGACGGCGGGAACCAGAUUCAGCUCUGGGACUGCGUCGCUGGAAAUAAGAACCAGGAGUUUGACGUCGUACAGGUGGGAGGCUCGGGGUGA